UGGCACCAAUAAACUGACCAUAGUGGGCGUGUCCGGGAAUCGUUGGCUUUAGGACCCGGCGGCUGCUCUUGUGAGGCAGGCAGGCAGCGGCUGGCAGACAAAGGGGAGCAGAGAAGCAGCGUGGAGUUUUUCCUGCAGCAUUGACACACACGCGUGCGCGCGCACUGACACGCUCCUUUACUCGCACCUCUCCUCGCCCACUUCUGCACACGCUCCUUUCACUGGCACAAGCAGCCACGCAGGAGCCGGCUUGUACGCAGACAAUGGCCUGUCCUUCCAGUUAGUGCUCUGAAGGGGAAAGGGGCAUUUUUGGAGCAGCAGAUGGGCUUGGAACCUGCUCUUUGUCAGCCGAGGACCACCACUGGUCACACCCCUGUCACCGCGCCCCUCAUAAAACUGAGACUUCAUUUGAAAGAAUGCAUGAUAUUACUGCGGUCAUCAUUGCAGGCUGAAGGCUUUUAUAUCUUGCACUGUUGAGAUAUUUAGCUCGUACAAAAAAAUCAGAAAUCUCCUCCUUUUAGGUUUAAACUUGCCUUGAUGAUUGAUUGGCUUUUUGAAGGGAUGCUUUGGUUGACCAUAUUAUUUCUUUGGUAUGUUCAUAAAGUCAUUGGACAAAAGUGUUGGGACAUACCAAAAUAUAUUAAAUUAUUAAAUUCAUUUUGGACAAUUCUAUGGUUCCAACUUUGUGGUAUUGGUUUAGGAAAGGCCAAACCAGGUAUGUAAAUCUUGGUUGGCUGACUUUGGUUGAAUUAGCAUCUAACCUCAGAAACACCUUUGGGAUUAACAGAGGGACUUUUAAAAUCUUGAAUUAAAUCUUCCUUGAAGUGUGUUAGCUGUUUAAAAAUGUGAGCAACUGUUUUAUGUUCACUUUGUGUCCUUACCCUAUUGUGGAAACAAGUGCAUCAGUUUUGCUUGAAUUUAUGCCAGUCGGCGUACUUGUCGAUGAAAGUGGAGGGGGACCUGAAUGGGGUGCAGGUGAGGUGUGGGUAUGCAAAUGUUUGAAAAAGAGGCAGGGUCCUCCAGUCUCAGGACUGUUCAUUCCAAAGCACAGCUUGGUGAUUGUUUCAUGGACAAUCAUUUGCAUAUUGCCUGAAGUGGCAGGCAGCAUUCGACCUCAUUGAAAUUCAUUGGAACUUUCUUCCCUGUAUUUUUAGACUCGGUGUAGCUGGUCCCCCUCGCCUCAAUCGUAUCAAUAGUACCCCAACUCUUGGUCACCAUGGAGCUCGACUUUGCACACUUUGACGAGCGAGACAAGGCGUCCCGGAGCCCGCGAAAUGGCCGCUUGAACGGACUCCCAAGCCCGACCCACAGCGCCCACUGCAGCUUCUACCGCACGCGCACACUGCAAGCACUGUCCAAUGAGAAGAAGGCCAAGAAGGUGCGCUUCUACCGCAACGGAGACCGCUACUUCAAGGGCAUCGUGUAUGCUGUGGCCAAUGACAGAUUUCGCACCUUCGACGCUCUACUGGUCGAUUUGACGCGCUCGCUGGCCGACCAUAUCAACUUGCCUCAAGGCGUCCGCUUUAUCUUCACUAUUGAUGGCACCACUAGGAUCACAGCACUGGAUGAACUAGAAGAAGGGGAGAGCUACGUUUGCGCUUCAGAGAACGCUUUCAAGAAGGUCGACUACACAAAGAACGUCAACCCCAACUGGUCUGUGAAUGUGAAGGCCUCGGCCAGCCAGAAGAGCAUUCAGUCGUUGGCGGCUCGUGCCGCCACCGAGCCCAGAGAGCAAAGCAAAGACUUUGUCCGACCCAAGCUGGUGACGGUGAUGCGCAGCGGCGUCAAACCGCGCAAGGCCGUGCGCAUCCUGCUCAACAAGAAGACGGCGCACUCUUUUGAGCAAGUGCUCACAGACAUCACGGAAGCCAUCAAGCUGGAAAGCGGGGUGGUCAAAAGGAUCUUCACACUGGAUGGCAAACAGGUUACUUGCCUUCAAGAUUUCUUUGCGGACGAUGAUGUCUUCAUUGCAUGUGGACCUGAGAAACAUCGCUACGCCCAGGAUGACUUCUCCCUGGAUGAGAAUGAAUGCCGAGUGAUGAAGAAUCAGAAAGCUCAUCGUAGUUUCAUUAAGAGUCCUGGAUCCGUCAUGCGCUGCAAGUCCCCUGCUGAAUCAAUCAACGGAACAGGCUCCAGCAGCCAGAUUUCCACCCCCAUCUCCAAGCACUCUCCCACCUCCACCCCGACCAGCCCUGCACCCGGUAACAAACAGAAGGAUCUCUACCUGCCCUUAUCUCUGGAUGAUGAUGAUUCUGUUGGGGAAUCCAUGUAGACUCUGAAACCUUUUUUGUAAACCUGUGAGGCUUUCCAGCUUUUCUAGAGUGCCAGCUUGUGGCCGAGGAGACCCACUUAGGUGUCAACUAGAAUUCUCUUUACUGCUUGAGAGCACAAAAACACCCACUCUUGUUUUUCUAAUUUAUCAGUUUUUACCACAAAAUAUUCAUCUCACAAUAACACAAAUGUUCUAACAAAUUUCACUGCCACUGUUUAGAAAUUUUACUUUUUUUUUUUUUGCACACUACACUCCAAUCACAAAUUUCCCAGCAGCAAAUUGAGUGAUUUCAGGGUCUCAAAUCUGACUUUUGUAUGCCUAUUUUUUCUUUUCUUAGGGUGCUAAAGCUAGUCUUUUUGGGGAGGGGGGUGAGCCCCGUGUUUUGAACCUGCUGUAAAUACUGUUCAUAGUUCUCAUAACCUUUCCUGGUAUUCCGGUCACCAUUGCUGUGCUUCCAUAAAGUCAUCUUAACAUUUGUUCAACUUUUUCUGGCUGUAGUCAAAGUAAAAGAACUCCUGAGGUAGCAAUGUGUGGAAAGAUCUUCUGAAAAGGAAUCUUUCUUAAUCAAUAAUUGCAAUAACUAUGAAAACAUUGCGGAAAAACAUUCCACACAUUCCUCAAGCAAUUUUUUUGUUUUGUUUAAUGGCUCCAUAUAUACAUUUGCAAGCUAUACCUGGUUACAUCAUAUACCCUCCAUCUUGUACAUAUUGCUUUGCAUGAUACUGGUGAAUUAUUUUAAAGCUUUAGGUGCAAAAAAAAAAAAAAAAAGCUGAUUUGAAGGACCUAACGGUGCAUAAGAUUAACCAAAGUUCAUCUUGUUAAAUUAGGCCAAUCAGUAUACGGCAGUGUUUUGGUAACAUUUUGAUAAGUCAUGGAUAAAUACGUAAAGGUCACAAAGCCAAAGUGUUGCAGGAUUUAUUUAGGAAAAAAAGACUUAGCUUCUAUUAACAUUUCUGGAGGAACAUCUGGUGAUGCAAACAUGUUCCUCCCAAGGCUCUAACAUAAUAUUGCUUUUAAUAUUUGAUAAAGUUUAUUAAUUUAUAAGAAUGGUACGUGUCUUGGAUUUUUCUCUACAUUCAACUUGUGAGCUAUGACCUUUUUUAAGUCGCCUUGUGCGGCUCUUUUUUUUAAUAAAAAGUAUAUGAUUUUGUUUCCUAAGAGUUAUCUCAGGUUUUGCUGGCAAUCAAGCCCGAGACUCUUGAUUCAAUUGGAUGACACUGAAGCACAACCAGCUCCAGGCACUUUGAAUGUCUGCAUGGCGGGACCACAAUUUACCCCCAAAAAACUAAGUGCUACUUGUAUAGCCUCCGUUUUUCAAUUAACAUCUAUGCAUUUGGAUUUUAGGAGUAAUGAUGAAAUGUUCAUGCUGUUUGUCGACGACAUCGAUGAGAACCCCCCCCCCCCCCCCCCCGCUCCCUUAGAAUAUAAAACAAACAAAUGUUCGUGUGGGGUUUAGUCAUCAUCAACAUUGGUGCCUUGUUUUUGAUCAAAACAAGAAGCUUGCUUGCUACUUUUUAACCACUUUGUCAAAUGAGGCUUACCAACAAUGCUUGUUUUGUAGACUUAGACACUUUAUUAUGGUGUAUCCCGUAGUCUUUUAUAUUCCACCUAUGCCUUUUCUCAUGACAUAAAUGACCUUUUUUUGUGGUAUUUUGCAAUGUCAAACAGUGGAUUGUUUCAGUGCUUCAUUCAAUGUAAUAGCCGGCAUCAUUUUGCAAAUAAA